UUGCCCUCCAUGUUAAAUCAUCCAUUCAAGAACAGAGAACGAGAAACACUGAGCGAUGGAAAUCAUCGAGAUGUCACCGGAAGCAGCCACGAUGGCGCAACUCUACUCACCGGAGCUACGCAUCGAGGGUUCCGCCGUCGCCUUCGUCGGGCCCUGCCCCUGCUUCGGCAUCCGCAAGCGUCGCUGCCUUCGACCCACCACCCGCUCCCGCAAGAAACUCCUCGUCUAUGAUCUUCUUCCCUGCUCCCCGCCUUCUCCCCCUCCCCCUCACGCCGUCGUCGCUUCCCUCUCUCGCUUCGACCUUUCGCCCCGCUCCUCCUCUCCAUUCCCUUCCGCCUACCGCCUCUCCUUGUCCUCCCCGCUCCCCUCCCCUUCCUCGUCAUCAUCCACCACCUCCUCCCUGACCCAAUCCCCAUCCUCCAGCAACUCGCCCGGCACUCCUGGCUCCCCCUUCGUACGCUGUCUCUCCCCUCGACUCGCUUCCCAUCUUGAACCGAUCGUCAUGAUCUCGCCAUCCUCUUCUCCGCCGACGUUCUUGUUCGCCACUCUGCCGGAGCCGUCAGAGUCGACCGCCUCCCCCUCAUCUUCUGGUCCUGAUGAAGCGACAACUUCUCCUGUCGAGAAGAACAAAAAGGCUUCCGGAGAAGAACAAGAGCCUAAUUCUUGGCUUCCCAGAUCGAGGCGGGGAAGACGAAGGCCGAGCGAGCAUCCACCGCAGCUGUGGCAUCCUUCGUUUAGUGGUGAUUCGCCGAGUCUGAAAUAGAGAGAGGAAGCGAGAGGUGGCACUACCACCACUCUUCCGCAAGCAAACCGGUUCUUGCUCUGGCAUCUCUGCGUGGAACGUUUCGUCAUUUGGUCUUCUUCCUUCAUUCUCCUCCAUAACUGCUUGUACAACGACUCUCAACAACUCCUCUCAAAAGUCUUUUGUUUACAUGGAUAUGCAGCGGUGGAUCAGUGAGUGCAAUUCUGUCAGUUAGUUCUCUUGAUCCGAAUGGAACGCUCAUCGAUAAGCAAU